AUGGAAAACUUCCAAUACAGCGUCCAGCUGAGUGACCAGGACUGGGCUGAGUUCUCCGCCACUGCCGAUGAGUGUGGCCUCCUACAGGCUGAUCUGGCAUCUGGGGAUGAGCCCUUGUCCAGUGACAUUGACCAAGGGGACAGCAGUGGCAGCAGCCCGCCUGGGCCCCCACCCCUCCUCACUGGGCAGCUGGUUCUGGGAAGGAGGGGCCAGUGGGGCCGUGAGGAGCAGAAGGACGCAGACACCCAGCCGCUGGUCAGCAGGUGUGAGCUCAGCCUGGCCCUGGGGGCUGGUCAGCAGACACCCAGCACGUCCGCACAGACAGAAGCCCGGCUGCCCUUCAGCUCUGGCGCAGGCCCUCCCGUCCGUGCUGUGUCCUGCCUGGGGCCUGAGUGUCCAGGAGGCGAGAUGCAGAGGCUUCUCCAGGGCCCGGCCCCCCGUGGCCCUGCCCCUGGGGUCCCGAAUGAGCCUUCUCACAGCCCCAAGCCCCCUCAGAAGUCACCCAGCAGCCCUGGGGUGCCACCACGGAGUCCUAGCAGGAAGAAGAGACGUGCAACAGGUGGCAAGGGAGGUGGACCCCAGGGAGCCUCAGCCCAGCCAGACUCCUCGCCGCCCGCCGAGACCAAGCCCCGGGUCCUUGCUGCAGAGGGAGCCACGGUCACCAGGCAAGGACUGGACUCUGCGCAGACUCCUGGGGCUGGUUCCAGCUCCCCAACUCCGGCUCCACGACGAGCACCUGGGGUGAGGCUGCCCACCUCUGCAUUCAAGACAGAGAAAGAUGCAGACCAGGUCGGAACAGCUGCCCUAGCCGAGCUGCACCCCACGUGCACCCCUAACUCUGAGCCAUCCCCCAAUGGGGCUCUGUCUACACCUGACUCCCAGCUCCCACCUGAUGGGACUUUGUCUACGCUUGACUCUCCGACUCCACCUGACAGAUCCCCAUCUCCACUUGCCUCUAACAAGUCAUCCCCUGACAGGUUCUCAACAGAACUUGACUCUAAGAACUCAUCCUCUGGUGCGGCCCUGUCUACACCGGACUCUCCGCCUCCCCCUCACGGAGCCUUGUCUACACCUGCCUCUAAGAAGUCAUCCUUUGGCAAGACCCUGUAUAUACCUGACUCUCAGACUCCACCUGAUGGGGCCCCAUCUGUACCUGCCUCUAACAAUUCAUCCUCCGAGAGAACCUCGUCUAUAUUUGACUCUAAGAACUCGUCCUCUGAUGCAGCCUUGUCUACACCAGACCCUCAACCGCCAUCUGAUGGGGCACUGUCUACACCUGACUCCCAGCCGCCCAUCCACAGUACUCCGUCUACACCUACUUUCCAGCCUCCACCAUGUAUGGCUCCAUCCACACCAUCUGAGUCACCUCCUGAUGGGACCCUGUCUACACCUGACUGCCAGCCUCCACCUUGUGGGGCUCUAUCUGCACCUCCUGAUGGGGUCUUGCCUCUACCUGACUCUGAUGGGGUCCUGCCUGCUCCUGACACUCAGCCACCAUCCACUGGGGCCGUGUGUGCACCUGACUCUGAGCCACCCCCCACAGGAGCACCAUCAACAUGCAGCUCUGAGCUUUCACCCCGUGGUGCUGUGUCCACACCUGACACAAAGCCUCCACUCAGUGGGGUUCCACCUACACCUGGACCCCAGUCUCCACCAGGUGGAAUACUGUCUGCUCCCGUCUUCACACCUGGGCUGGAUGUGGAUGUGCCGACACUGGCCCAAAGGGUCAAACCUCGUGUGGAUCCAUCUACUCCUAUCUCAGUGGCUACCCUCCAUUCAGCUCUGUCCCCUCCUGACCCCCAGGACAAGUCCAGUGUGGAUGUGUGUGUUCCUGACCCCAAAGUGACCACAGCUGUCCCCUCCCAGCCCUCUGCUCCUGGGGCCCAGCCUGGUGGGGGGGAACCUGGACCUACAACUAGAUUGAAUCUGAGUCUCACUUCAUCCUCAGAGGGGCCCAAGCCUUCAGCAGAUGCCACCAGGCACCUCUCAGGGGACCUCCCUCCAGGUCCUACCCAGAUCCCCAAGAAGAAGAAAGUGAGAUUCUCUAUGGCUGAGCCCAGUUCCCAAGAACCAGGGCCUGCGAUGACCCCAGGCCCACUCUCACCAGUUAGGGUGGCAGCGGGGGGCCGAGCAGCACCAGGAGCCUGGGACGCUGUUGCGGUCCGGUCCCGGCCCCCCCAGCCUCGGAUCCUCAAGCACCUGCCUCCCCCUGCCCCCUCCACCCUGGAAGGCCCCAGGUCGGGGAGCUUUGCCCUGACGCUGCCUGAGGCCUAUGAGUUUCUGUUUUGUGACACCAUCGAAGAGGAGGAGGAAGAUGCUGAGGAAGGGGCGGCUGGGCAGGUCCCGGGGGACAUGCAGUGGCCGGAUGUCUGUGAGUUCUUCUUCCGAGACUGCAGGCCCCAGAGGCCGAGGCCACAUGGGGGCCGCCCUGUAGCCCCUUGCAUGCCAGCUGACCCUGUGCCGGCCAAGCCUGGGCCAGCUCCUCCACCUGGAGACCCAGUGCCCAUCUCUCUCCCUGAGGCCUAUGAGCACUUCUUUGGGGAGGAGAGGCCAGGCUGCAUGCUGGAGCUGAGUCCCCCACCGGAGCCCAGGGUGGCCACAGAUGCACUUGUUCUGGCGGGCAGGCGAGCAGGCAAACCCCGGGGUCCUCUCCCCGUGUUUACCUUCAGCCAGAAGGACAUGUGCUUGGUGUUUGUGGCCUUUGCCACGUGGGCUGUGAGGACAUCAGACUUGCACACCCCAGAUGCCUGGAAAACAGUCUUGCUGGCCAACAUUGGCACCAUCUCAGCCAUCCGGUACUUCCGCCGCCAGGUGGCACGGGGGCGCCCCAGCCCCAGCCCCAGUCGCAGCCGCAGCCCCAGCCCCAGCCCCAGCCCCAGCCCCAGCCCCAGCCCCAGUCGCAGCCGCAGCCCCAGCCCCAGUCGCAGCCGCAGCCCCAGCCGCAGCCCCAGCCCCAGCCCCAGUCGCAGCCGCAGCCCCAGCCCCAGCCCCAGUCGCAGCCGCAGCCCCAGCCGCAGCCCCAGCCCCAGCUCCUAG